AUGUCGAAACGAGAAACUAUCCAAGAGUUCGAGAAAAUCCUUCGCUGGCAGCAUUGGAUUCUCAGAUUGAUUGGAUGCGAUGCGUACAGUGUGAAUUUUCGUGUAACCUCCCUCACGGUUAUGAUUAUAUUUUUGGCCUGUUUUUUCAUCGCUGUCAGCUUUGUAGAUCUGUACCUCUUUCAAAAUGAUGUAUUCAAUUUCAUUUUUGUGCUAGUGACAAUCUUUUACGGCAUUGUUGGUUGCUCUCGACUGGGGUUUGUGCUAACCGGUUCGAAAUCAUUUUCCAGCUUAGUGCUCGAGGCAAAGGAGACCUACAAACAGGCAUCGUCCGACGACUCGCAUCAGCAGAUUCUGUUCCGAUACACAAAGCUGUUGAAACAAUGUGUAACCAUCUUCAGCUUGUCGUUUCUGGGUGGUAGCAUCAUAACGGCGGUACUCCCACUGAUAUUUUACCUUUGGAACGGCCGGAAGAUACUGCCCUUCGGAGUUGUACUCCCAUUUUUUGACCUCUCGUCAGAGGAAGCCUACCAGUUGAAUUACAUUUACCAGGUCAGCUGCCUCCUGUGGACCCCACCGGGACUGACCGCAUCGCAAAAUAUAUACUUCGUGCUGGCGUUCAACAUCUGCAUUCAGUACGAAUUAUUGAUAGUGAAACUAGAUGAGUUGGACACGAUGAUAGCAGCGAACGCGGAGGAAUCGAAGGACAAUAAGAUCCACGAGAUGAUAGCAGAAAUCAUCCGCUACCAGCAUAAGGUGGCUCGUUUUACGGCUGAAAUUGAACGGUUGUAUUCGGUCCAGCUGUUUGUUGAAAUCAGUAGCAAUGCACUGCAGAUUGUGAUGACUUUGUUUGUAUUGCAUAUUGACAUAUGGAUGCCCGGUUAUUUUAUCAUCUUUAUCUCGACAUUUCAAUUGUUCAUAUUCUCAUUUUUGGGCACGUUAUUGGAGAUUAAAAGCGAUAUGUUCUGUGAACGACUUUACAGCGUGUCGUGGCAUAGCAUACGCAACGAAGAGCAGAAAAAUAUCCGAUUCAUGUUACAACAGUCUCAACAUUCGGUGAACUUGACCUACGGAGGGCUGCUGCCACUGAACAUGAAUCUGUUUCUAUCGGUCUAUAAGAAAAUUUAUUCAAUUUUCAUGAUGUUACAAAAUAUUUAAAGUUAUCAUGCACUAUUAAUCC